AUGAAAAUUACAGAAAGGAUUUUUUCAUAUUUAUAUUUGCAUUUAAUUGGCAACACAGUAGUUUCGGAUAUCGGUGGACUCAAAAGUGUCGGCCAUCGCAGGCCCAUUUCCUCACCUUCACCAACCCUUAGCAAAGAGUCUUCCUACGUCUCUGCAAACGCCAUAGCCUCGGAUGCCACCGCUGCCGCCCCAUACACUGUUUCAGACUGGGAGAGGACAACCUACUACAACGGUAUUUCCCCCGACCAUCCUGAGCUCCUCUACCGGUCGGAUCUCCUCGAAAAUCCCUUCCCCACCCCCACGGGCAGACACCCUCAUCUCCCUACCAAGACCGUCUAUGGAGUCUUCAAGACUCCGCUCAACGCUGUCUGGGAUACUGUCGCUCCCCAGAUCCGCGAGUUCUUGAAAUCCCGGAAGCUUUGUUACUCAGCCAUCCAGACAGCUCGAUUCGUCACCCACGGUGAGGAUGCAAAGGAUACUCUCGGUCCCAUCGUGAUUUGGAUCGCGACUCAUCCCACUACCACCACCGCCGAGAACGCGCACGACGCUUCCCCAUACAUUCUCGCUCUUCUCAAGGCUAAUGGAGUCGAGGGUGCGGUGGUCGAAUGGUACGAGGGAGCCGUGGAGAAGCUGUCAGGCCCACACCUUCUUCGCAUUACUGACAACACCAACCCCACCCACUAUGUCCGUCGCUUCCUCACUGCUGCGCUCGGCAUGCCUAUCGUUGCUGCAGAGGGGGAGGCCACUGAUGCUCAGGGUAGCGCCACGCUGUUCUUCCACGAGAACAAGGACAAGCAUGGCAACCCUAGUACCAAGCUCUUCGGUAUUAGCACCUGCCACGUUCUUCGCGAAGCAACCACCACCACGUACGAGUUCAGGGGCGCUGGCGCACCUCUACGGCACGUUCGACUUGCUGGAUUCCAUCGAUUUCAGCGCGGCCUCGACGAGAUCAAGGCCUGCAUCGGUGGCUACGGAACCGACGCCGACCUCUUAGCAAGGGAGGCUGUUGAGUUGGAGGCGAAGCCGAAGAGCGAGGACCCGGAGGAGGAGGCGGAAGACGAGGCGGCCGGGAAGGCUAAGCGGGACGAGUUGGUCAAAUUGAAGAAGAAUAUCGACGUACUCGAGGCCUUCUACAAGGACAUCAACAGCCAGUGGGGCGACCUUGCGCGCCGAAACAUUGGCCAUGUCGAUUGGGCUCCCAAGAUCUCCGUCGACGUUCAGGGUCGCAACUACACCAAGGAUAUCGGUACAUUCGAGGUUGAUGCGGCAAAGUUCAAGGCCCAGUUCAAGGGCAACGUCGUCGACUUAGGAGGCAAGUUUACUCCCCAGCAACUUACCGACAUGUUCUACCCUCAAAGUGCCGGUAGGACGGCGUUCAAGUUCCCCACGAAUCGCCAGCUCAGGAUCAACGGUUGUCUCACCCGCGAGCUCCUCGGUGUUCCUGACUGUUUCGACAGCAAUGGCGAGCCCUGUCUUAUCGUCAUGAAGGACGGUAACACCACCGACCUCACGGUUGGACGCUACGCCGGCCUGGAGGCCUACCUUUGCGAUAAUUUUGGCGUCGAGUCCAUCGAACUCGCUAUCUAUAACUACGAUAAGCAGUCCGGCCCGUUCUCCGCCAAGGGCGACUCGGGCUCGCUCAUCUUCGAUGGAGAGGGUCAUAUGGUCGGUGUUCUUCACUCUGGGAUGCCGAAAGGCGGGAGCAAUCACGUCACCUACGCCACCCCCGCCUGGUGGGCCAUCGAGCAACUCAAACUCAAGUAUCCGCACGCCGACUUCAACCGUCUCACCUUCUAAACGCGAAUACACUUGUCGGCUAUCUGCUCUCCCACCCCCACUCCUUCUUACCUUCCACUGUUCCCCUUACUUUUUGUUUCUGUGGUUGUUCUCAUCUCUCGGGCUCAUCCCUCUCCCCCCUGACUGUGACAUCCUCUCCCUUCCUGGCUGUGUUUCCUCUUCGUUUUGACUGCCUGUUAUCUGCCCUCAGACUCUUGAUGUCUAGGUCUUCAGCGACACUACACGCUUCGUUCGUUCCUUCGUCGUCGUCUCGGCUCUCUACGCUCAUUAGGGUUGGAGGGGAUGAUAGAUGCCUUGACCGAUGAAUGUCUAGCUUGGCUCUGUCCCUGUGGAGUCGUUGUUCACGUUUGUCUUGUCCCCUUCCCGUUUUUCGAUUGGUGCAGCCAAUAGCUCUUGCCAACGGUGAGGGCCUUGGUCCCGUGGAUUCGUCGCCUCGAUCGUUGUAGCUUCGCGUUGUUUGACACUUGUACCCUUCGUGUACUAUUAAUCCCUUUCUCGACUUGUAUCUUCCUCCCUCCCCAGUCAUCAGGGAAACGACCCCCCUCUAUUAUGUCUACACCGUAGAUAAUUAUCUCUAAUUUAUGAUGAGUUUGCACCGGACUUUUUUUGAAUUACCCCCUCGCCCUAACCAUGAAUUGAUAUAGUAAAUUAGAGCUAAGUCGUUUCAAAGUUC